AUGCAAGCAACGAAUGUUCCAUCAAUCAACAAACAAACCAAACGAUGGCCAAACAAAAAUUCAAUGAAUGAUAUUAACAAACCAGAGCAAAGAUUAUACCCAUCCAAUAACAUCAUCAUAGCGUUGGUGGCCAUGUUGGGAGAUUGGCAAAAGAUGUACAAACGACAAGGAUCACCUCAUAUCUUCUUAGGUAAAAGAGUUAUAGAGAGAAUAAAGAUGAUAUCUUUAUUGGCACACAGGCUGUUAGGGUUGUUGCUAAUAGGAUUAUUGUCAAGUAGUCAAGUACUAGUAUUGGUGCAUGCACAAAUCGUUGUACAGAGUGCAGCUGCCUACACCAAUGGAGGAUCACUGAUUAAAAUAUCAGGUAUUGAUCAAUCGACCAUUGAAAAGGUUAGAAUCACAUUUGCACAAUUAGAAUAUCUCUGUACGUUUGUAGAAACAUCGGUUGAUGGUUGGCUAGUCUAUAGCUCGCCACCUGCUCCACCAGGUAUUUGGGCAGAUCCAACUUCGAUCAAUAGAAAGCGUAAACUCAAUGGUUUGGCAAAAGCAACACUCAAACUUGAAAUCAUUGUCAAUUCUGCUAUUGUCGAUCAAAGAGAAUUCAUUUAUCUUGAACCAUUUAUUGAUGAAGUUGAAAAUGAUAGAGCUUAUGUUGGUGGAAAACCAUUUGGUGGAUUGGUUACUAUUAUAGGAGAUGACUUUAAGAUUAAUCCAACUGAUGAUGAUCCAACCGUUACGAUUGGAGGAUACGAUGCACCCGUCCAAAUAGCUCAUAGUAAUUUGAUUGUGGUAGAAGCACCCGUCUCUCAAAAAGUUGAAGAUGUCCCAAUUAUCUUGACUGUCUAUACCGGUCAAACUGUUGUUGCAUAUGAUCCAUUCUCUUAUGUCAUUCCAAUUAUUCAAGGUGUAUCAAAAAAUGGAAUUUGUUUAAAUAGUCAUACACUUACAAUAUUUGGAGAACAUUUUAUUGUUCCCGAUACUAGUAUAGUUGAUGCUAUAACAGUAACAUUUAUUGAUAGUUUGGAUAGUACCCAAACGGUAGCUUGUGAAAGUGCAAUCGUCAAUCAUCGUUUUGAUCAGAUUGAAUGCAUAAUUCCAAUCAUCACUGGUAUCGAAGCCGGUCACCAAAAAUUAUAUCAAAUUGCUGUAUCUGUACCUCAACCAAGUCCUCUUCCAACCAUUAGAGUUGUUGGUGAUAUUUUUUAUAAAUCAUUUGUACCAAUUAUUUCACAAAUCAAUCCAUCAAAUGGAUUAAAAACCAAAGGUAGACAAAUUCAAAUUGAAGGAGCUCAUUUGGAAUUAGUUUCAUCUAUCAAUAUUGGUGGGGUUGGUUGCGAUAUUGAUACACUAUCUGUAUCUGAAACGAGUGUAUUAUGUACGACUGGUCCCUACACUCAACCAUUCCCAACAGAUAUUUAUUCAUUAGAAUUUAAUAUUCAAGCAACUAUUGAUAGUAUUGAUAUUCAAUCAUCAGACCAAGUUAGAUUUAAUUAUUUUGAAACUCAUUUUAGUAAAAUUGAACCUUUGUUUAUGGUGAAUAAGGGAUUUACAUCAAUUAGAAUACGUGGAGAGAAUUUAGAUCAAUUGACAAAACUAAUAGUUGGUCAACAAGAAUUUACAAGAGAUGAUUUGGAUCAUGAUGAUCUUUUAAAUCAAGGUAGUGGUGGAUUCUUGACCGUUAAACUAGAUUCUUCAUUACAAACAAAUGCUAUUCUAGAUCAACCAAUCCUUAUCACUGGUGAGGUUGAUGAUCAAAUUUCCACUUCAACUUUAUCUUUAUUAUUUAAAGAACCUAAAAUCUUGAAUAUUGAUAAUGACAAGAGUUUUAUCAAUACUCUAUCUAAAUCUAUUGUCAUUCAAGUUUCAAACUUUAUUCCUAUUCCAGACAUUACUACUAUUAUUGUUGAUAGUCAACUUUUACAAAAAUACUAUCAAUUUAAAAUCAAUGGACAGGGAUGUCAAGAGAUUGAAAUGGCUCCCGUCGCAGACGGUGAAGACACCAAAUUUAAAUGUAAAUUGGCAGAUGUUCAAUACCGUCAGGUUGGUACCUUUCCAAUCACAUUUGAUUUGUUUGGUCAAUCAUUUAACACUUUUAUCGAUUUUACUUAUUAUGAUGUGACUGUAACUAAUAUUGUAUCAGAUUCGGAAUCACCAUCAGGAGGUGAUUAUUUUACAAUGACUGGAACAAGUUUGGAUCAAGUUUUGGGUGUAGUUGUGAAUUCGAUUCAAAUCCCUAUUGCAACCGAUUGCACAUUACAAACUACUACAACACUCAAAUGUAAGAGACCUGCAAGUCGUCCAGGUAACUAUCCAGUUACCUUACAAUUACAAGACAAUCAAGUUGUAGUUACAGCAGCCCAAACACUUGUGUAUGCGGGACCGAUCGUUAACUCUGUCGCACCAAGACAAUGGCCAAGAAGGAAAAAGGUCAAGGUUGAGAUUGUAGGUCAAGGGUUUGGAACUGCUAAUAAUUUAAUUCAAAUUACUAUUGGUGGUCAUGUUUGUACUAAUCCAGUGAUCACGAUACCCGAUACAAAUGUCAAAUGUACAAGAGAUGGAGGAGAUGAUAUUGGACCGUUAGACGUUAAAGUAACCGUCACUCAUCCUACCACCAAUAUCGUAGCAACCGAUGGAGACAGCGUGACAUUCAACGCUCAAACAUUGUCUUGUCUGGGUCAAGAUGAAGCGGAUGGAUCUAAUCCUUCAAGGGAUUGGUUCUUGGUACUCAAGAUGAAUUGGGCAUCAUCGGAACAAAAGUAUAUGUGGAUAGAUGAUUCGACCAAAGAACUGACGGUUGGCUACAACCUUGGAGCUGAACGUACUAGCGACCAUCGACCAUACAAUCUACUAGCUGCAACCUUUGAUCAGCUGACAGACGACGGUUACUAUUACAUAUUCUACAAUGACCAACCUGCACAAAGAGCAGCCAAUGGUGAUUUCGCUCAUGAAUGGCCAGAGAAGCUUAUAGGUCAUUCAAAAGGAAUAUUUAUUUGGGAGGAUUUACCAAAUGGUGCUGGUAUACGUGGUAUUCAUAUUAUUCACUCUAACCCUGGUUUCCCCUCAUCUCAUUCAAAUGGUCCAUUAAAAUUUGCAACACCAGAUAAAGGUAUAUAUUGGCUUGGAACAGCAAGAAAUAAUCAACAUUUCUUUUGUUAUGGAAUAGAUGAUUUAAAUAAUGCGGGUGAAUAUCUUUUCAAGAAUGAUGUCUAUAUGUUACCAUUCUCAAAGUAUCCAAAUAUCCCUCACCUCGUACAAAAUGGGUUAGAGUCAUGGGACCAACAACGUAUCGAUGCCAAUCCCUAUUUAUAUGACUUUUUGCAACCAUCUGGGCGCUGGAACAGACGUAUUCUGAGUGCUGGCCCACCUCUGGUGUAUGCUCCCAACAGACAAGACCAAAUCAAUCUCUGUAGAGCUGCACUACCCAUCCAACAAAAUCUUCUCGAUAUUUGUUAUUGGGUAUCACCAGAAUUUAGAAUAUCUGGAAUGAGAGCCAAACUUUUCUACAAGACUAGUUUAAUUUCAAAGACUACUUCAACUUUUAGAUUAGAUCUAAAUAAUAUACCUGCUGGCCUAGUUCUCUCAGAUUAUUUAUCUGUUAAUCGUGGUAGUCGUCGUGGUCAGUUUUAUGAUGGAAUUGAUCUUUGGAGUAUUGUAGCUAGUGAAUUCCAGAGGAAAAUGUUUUCAUAUUAUUAUUUGGCUGGUAAACAGACCCCUGUAACAGAGUAUUUGGUCGAUGUUUCAACCAUUCGUUAUGCUCCCUAUAUUGCCGAAGAUGUAACAGCUCCCUCUGGUUAUAAACCACAUGUUCAUCAAGGAGGAAGUCAUGUCAAAUUACUUUUUCCAGUGCGGCCACAAAUGGACCCUGCUUUUUGGCAUGACGAAAAUGAAAACAUGGUUUGUUUUGGUGAUUUGAAUCGUCAUAAUAAUCAGGGUAGAAGAGGUGGUGGUGCACUAUGUAUUCAACAUCCAGAGUUGUCAUACCAACUCAAUAGAAUGGUCCAUAUUUACUCGACUAGAGUUCCAAACUCUGCUGGUAUACUGGGUACCCCUCAUACUAAAAACAACGGAUUGUUUUACUCUAAUUGGAUUCGUCAACCGGUUCAAUUAAACCGUCCGGUUGGUGACCAGGGAGAAAUCACAGUCGAGGUGAAAGAAGUACUUGUCAAUGGACCGAGUACGAGGAUGAUUCCAAGACACUUUGACAGUGGGUUUACAACACCGGUGCAUGAAGUUAAAGUACUUGCUAUUCGUACUCACCUCGAUCCAAAUGAAAUUGGUCAAGAAGAAUCAACUUUGCCAGUUGGAACAGCUGUCAGGGAUAUUGUCGACUUUCACGCACACGACACCAUGGCAUUGGAUUUUGUAGCAAAGAAUAGUAGAGCCAUUGUUUGUGAUUACUAUGAUGGUAUUUUUGACAUUGAUGGUGAUCAAACAGAAUGUGUUCAAUUAUCACAAGCAAGAACUACACAAAUCACCGAGACCACCCCCCUCCCUAUUCCAGACUACCCUCUUCUUCCUCCCAACACUAGACCCAAUCAAAGGGUUGACAAAUACAGCUAUCUUCGUCUACAAACAUAUACCCGUGACUAUGACGUGACACUCAUCCCCGACUACCACACCAUCGUUUAUUUAGAGAAACUAGUUGAUCACAUCCAACCUCUAUUAAUUGCAUCUGUUGACUUGACAAAUACUCAAUUCCAAACCAUCGUCAAGCCAGACAUUGACUCGCCAUUUUAUAAACAUUCACACAAGGUUUUAAUGAGAAACACUGGUACCUAUUGUCCAGAGGAAUUGACCUAUUUAGCACUCCUCAAAAUUGCCUCUAUAUUCCCUCAACAAGCUAUUCAAUCUAUAUUCAAAACCGAUGAAAUCCAACCAAAUUGGGCAAAUGGAAUUAUAUUUGCUAUUUCUAAAUUCAUUUUUAAUGAAUUAACAGGAACUAUUGGGACAACAGAUUUCCAAGUAUGUUUUACAUACUUUGAUAAAUUUAAAACACCUACGACCAACAUUUUAAAUAUUUUUGGUUAUGAAGAGAAUCAACCAAAUAUGAAUAAUCCAAGUGACGAGGAAUUAUUCUAUAGAAGUGCAAGUGCAGCAUGGGAUUGGUUAAAUAAUGACUAUGCCGAUGAACAUGGAGCAUCUGUAGGCAAGCAAGUUGGUGAUAUUAAUGUUCAAUGGGUUGAUCUAUUCAAUUCCAUUGCAACUCUUACCACUGCUCAAAAUAUUAAUAGUAUGACUCUAUUAUUACCAACACUUCCAGCACCAACUCAUACUGAAACCAACAAAAAUAUUCUUUAUAAUCGGUAUAUUCAAAUUCGUCCACCUCUACCAACUACAACUACAACUACAACUACAACGGUUACAACAAUGUUUUCUUCACUCCACCUUGGUAAAAAUAAUCAAGAACACAUACAAAUGUAUGAUUGGUUAAAAGAAGAUUUAGUAACACCAGCACUUGUACAAUUGUUUAAUGAUCCAACCGAUUAUAUUAAACAAUCUGAUAUUUUAAAUCAGAGUCAACGUAAUAUUAUGAAGCUUGUUGGAUCACUUGAUGAUUGGCAAACCAUUGCAGGAGUCAAUCAAGCGAUCAAACUAUUACUAGUUGAACCAAAGACACAGUCUGGUAACCAGGUGAUCAAAUUCCUCGAGGAGAUGAAUCGUGACCAUAUCUCUACCCAUCCAAUUGAAUUGUGUUAUCGAGAUGGUGUGUUGGAUGACCAAACACCUGGAUCCAUCCAAAUAUGCUCACCAAUGUCCAUCUACACCAUCACUCAACUACUCAAGCAAAUGAUGGUAUCUAAUCAACACAGUUGGGAUCUAUUAUCGUUUGGAGACUUGGAGAUUUACUAUAUCCCCAAACCAGCAUCAUCGUACCAAGACAGUGGAAGUGGUUACAUAAAGUAUUAUGAGGGACUGGCUAUUGCAACACUCAACUCGAAACUAUGUGAUAUUCAAAUGGCCAACUUUUCGCAAUUUGACAAUUAUCCAACCUACCCUAUUUGCACGCGAUUCACAGGCCCGGUCAUCGAGUUGAUUAACCCGCCCUCUGGAGACGCGUCAACUACUCUGACCAUCAUGGGUAAUGGGUUCAACACAUCGCAUGUGUUUGAAGUGGGAGGUGUGCCAAGUCCAUCCGUCCAACUGUUUGAUUCGACCAGUGCACACGUCAAACUACCCUUGUCGGUGGUCGGAACAAACAAUCUCGUCAAGAUUAGAGGUUAUAAUCUACAAAGAUCAACAUUUACAUUUGACCUAAAUGCACCUGAAAUAGAGUCAGUGACUCCAUCCAAUAUGAUCAACAGUAAUGGUAAUCAACUCAUUACAGUAACCGGAGAUAACUUUGGAACCUCAUUGUCAGAUGUUAAAGUAUUGUUUGACAACACGUAUGUUUGCACGCCACAGUCUGUCUCACGAUACAUUAUUCUUUGUCGAUCACCACCAAUGGUUACAAAGUUUACACUUGUAUCGGUCGGUGUAGCCAACCAACACACUCAACUAUCAAUCGGAUCACCAUUGAUAUUCUACGAACCACCAAGAAUCGAUGAUGUCCUCCCUUCACAAGGUGACCCAAGAGAUUAUAUUGUUAUUCAUGGUGAUGCUUUUGUUGAUAGUGGUCAAGGAGUAGCACCAAUCGUAGCUCUGGAAGAUACUAUAUUGGAUAUUGUCAAUUACACCAAUAAUUAUGUAAUGGCAAAGGUACCAAUUGGAAAACCAUUCCCAAUCGCACCAAAGGUAUGGGUUGUAGCUGGUGGUAUGACUGCAGGUGCAUCUAAUCAAUUCAAGUAUCUUGCUCCAAUUAUCACCAACGUCUCUUCACUAUUGUCGACCAAUACCGGUGGUAUAAUUGCAUUUAGUGGAUAUGGUUGGGGUAAUUCUCCAUUGGGCAUUGACUUUGUCUCUAUCCAGCAACCUCUGACCAGCGAACCUCCAAUCAUACUAGGUAACUGUCGUCCAUUUGAGACGUUUGUAGAGUGUAGAGUUCCACGUGGAGUAGGAGGUAAUAUGGUGAUCAAUGCAUCUGUCAAUGGUCAAAUACUUCUUCCAUCAAAGAUAACCUUUUCCUAUGCUCCUCCAACCAUUUCACAUGCUGUUGCUAUCGGCGGAACCUAUAUUAUUCGUGGUACCAACCUUGUACCAGAGAAUCCACCGUAUUCGAUAAACCCUAGCUCGGCAUCGAUUGUCCACUACUCCAACAACAACAAACCAUCAAUUAAUUGUCCCUACAACUAUUACUUUAAUGACACUACUACCCAAUGUGUCCAUUAUAGUUCGACAGACCUCACCUCGAUUACAAAUAUUCAAGUACAAGUUGGUGGUCAACUAUCAAACAACAUCUCUCUUCCCAUCAGUAUUUAUGGAUUCUUUUGGAGAGAAUCAGAUUACAACAAUCUCUUUAAUCCACCAUCCGACAAGAUAUUUACAGAGUGUCAGUUUAGUUUAAAGCAAUUGUCUAGUGGACUAAUCAUUGCAGGUUCAUUUGACCCAAAUAAUCCUGGUCAUUACAACUUUACAGUCUCUUCGCCUGGUCAGUACUCUAUCCACAUUGACACCCUAACACCCAUGUUAAUCGUACCAAAUAAUAGUCAAAUAUUCACAAUCUUACCAUCCCAAACAUCAUAUCAAAGAAAUAUGAUUAUUUAUAUUACUCAAUAA